AGUAUUAAAAUGGGAAAUCCCCUCGGAACUCUACCAUCGUAACAACAAUGGACAGGAUGGAGGCACUCUUUGAGAAUGUCAAGCUGUACUGUGGCAUUUUGAGGAAGUGCAGCUUGCCUGAGGUGGACAGGUGGGAAGAGGAGGACCUGGACAGAGCCAUCCACUGGGCAGACUACUUUGACAGGGCCCUUGUUCGUAUCUCCAAAAGACAGUCGAUGGUGGCGAAGGUGGAUCAGAAACUGAAGGAGCUGGGUCGGAGUAACGGAUGGAAGAUCGGAGCAAUGGAAUUGAACUAUGAUACUUUCCAGCAUAGCUCAGACUAUCUCUCAAAGGCACUAGUUGGCAAUCCCAGGUUGCCUCAGCAGCUGAAGGAGAAGGUUCUGUGCAGACUGAAGGGCAAGAGAUAUGCAGAGCCACUAAGGAAGGCUCUCUGUGAGGAGACCUCCACCAUUCAGACUAAUGAUAUACCUAAGGUUGUUCCACCAGAGGCAGAGGGUAACCAGCUACAAGCUCUACCCUGUGAUUCUAUCUCCUUACUCGAGUGCUUACAGAUGAAAGGCACACUCAGCAGUUUAUGUAAGCAGCUAGAUGUACUGUCAACCACGGAUGGAGCUACGGAUCUCAUUCUCCAGUCUUUGAUCGAGGGGGAGAGCAGUUACACAACCACUAAGAUGUCCAUCUUACAUUGGCUAGUAGAGAAAAUGAAAGUCUCAAACUGCACAUCACAAUAUUGGGAUCGUCCUCCAGAAUUACUCGCCAAGAUUUCGAGCCAAUAUUUGGAAUUUUUCAAAGAGCAUAUCAAGUACCUAGCCAAUGAAACAGAUAAAUUAGAAACCCUCAAUAUAACAACACUUGAGCAUACUGCCCCUAACCCCAUCGAGGGCACUGGCCACAUUACUGUACAAGGUGCUGACAAGAGUCACGCUACAGUGAACCUAGUCUCCCAUGCCAACUCGCUGGAUAAGAUUGUCAGUCAUUUUGAGGCACUCGCACGGACAAAUACAGAAGUGAAGGAGGUGUGUCUGUUGUUUGUGAGGAGCAGAGCUCUCCGGCAUUGUACAAGAGGGAGGAGGCGGUUCUCCUACUCCGCCCCUAUAGCCACCUGUGCCUGGUCCACCAUACUCUCCAGCAUCAGUCAGACAUUCUCAUAACUAAACUGUGUGCGUAUGAUAAUAUUUACUCCUAACUGAGAUCACUUUCCUAUUAUUCACAAUCGAAUUGACUUUUAUAACACAUUUUAAUAACAUCAUUGAUAAACAAUUUCCCAAUUGACAA